UGGUAUAAUCAGCUGGCUGCUGCACCUAUAGCAGUCGCGUCAUGUUGCUUGUUGAUUUCGGAUUCCUUUGAAAUUGACACUAUAAAUUUGACAUAAAACUUUGUGAGGUUGUACGUUUCACUUAGGAUAAUUUGUCAUUGGAUUUUACACACGGUUUAACUAAGGUGUAUGAGUCAGGAUGACCCUCCAGGUGUUGUACGUCGUGACCUUCCAUGAUGAUGAUCGUCAACGUAUCAGUUCACUCCCUCCCAGACUCCAUCGUUGCUCGUAACAGUGGGGAGUAUGUUGUCCCCACCCUCUCAGAAGCCAGUGUCAAGUCGUCCACGGAAGCCAUCAUGCCAGGCGGUCCUAACAAACACCAGGAAGCCUACUAUCUUUAUUUCGUAGGCAUCCUUGGGAUGCUGCUGAACCUCACCGUCAUCAUCUGUAUAGUUGUGAGGAGGACAUUACGCAAAAUGACUAGCGCGUUCCUGAUCCAUUGCUGCUUCUUGAACUUCGUGAAGGCCAUGUUUUGCAUUCCAUUUGGAAGUAAUUUACUAUCAGUCGAAGAGCCCACAUCAUGUGCAUUACAAGGGUCUGCGUACAUUGUUGUCAACACAGCAUCGGCAUUCAAUCUUGUUGCGAUGAUUUGUACCGAGGCGUACACGUUUGGCGAAACAAACAUUGGAGGGACGGCCCAGGGUACUCUCUGUUGUGUGCUGUUCGGCAUUCUAACUGUGUAUAUCACUAGUACUAUUCUUCACCUUGGGCCAACUCUGAUUGGUGGAAACAUAGAGUUUAACGAUAGAAUCGGUAUUUGUACUUUCAAGAUAGGAAAGGCGUCGGGAUAUAUUGCCUAUGUGAUGAUGAUUCUAAUCAUUUCAUUAGCUCUUGUUUGUGCUACUCAUUUUCUGUGCAAAUUCUAUAAAGAAAUUCAACUGAAUCAACCAAACCGAGUUUCAAUGCUAGUGAGGACUUCAAUCACAAUCAUGGAUCAGCCAAAACAGACAGCAAGCAGUGUUCGCGAACUGAUAGAAGAGUCUUCUCACAGAGCUAAGAUAUUUGUCAUGACAGCCAUAAUGUUCGUAGUGUGUUGGUAUCCGUUCUUCUGCCUCAUUCUUAUAGACUUUACAUACAAAGUUUCACCAAAAGUUUACCAAACAUUCAGCUUUAUCGCUUGGUCCCAAGGGACGCUUGAACCAAUCCUGUAUAUUCUUUUUGACCGCAAACUGAACCUUCUGUCGCGAUUUGUCUACUGUGAUCAUUACCAGCGGUAUAACCGAGAACACAUAGCCAGUCUCAUGGCUCAACACCGACAGCGCUCGCGCCCCAAUUCCUCCAACAUGGAACCAACGAUGGAUCAUCAAAAUCUGUCCAUGGACCAUCAACUAGCCAUAGAUCACAGGGCGCCCAUGGAUAGAAAUUCAUCAAUGGAUCGUUCUUCUACCAUGGAGGAAGAAUUCAGUGUAGGCACUGUAGGUAUGAACAGGAAAGAUAUGACAGUAAGUUUGGACAAAACCGAUAUGAAGAGGACAGAUAUGAACAGGACAGGUAUGAACAGGACAGGUAUGACCAAGAGCAAGAUGAAUUGGAUCGCCAGAGCAGAAGUCAGUCUUCCUCCAUGACAAGGAAUGAGAAAGGUCUGCCAGACACGGGCCACUCCAUGGAGGUUCAAUGUUAGACUUCUGUGAGCCCUCUCAGCUCUGAAAAUUCAACCAGUCCUCCCAAAUUGGUUACCAUGGUUAAGCCACAAGUGGGCCUAUUGUUCAGUCGCAGUGUAAUGGCAGAUAUCAGGGUUAACAACCCAUAGAUGGGUUUUGUAUUCAGUUAGGGCACCAUGGUUAACCCAUAUGUGGGUUUUGUAUUCAAUUUGGUCUUCAUGGUUAGCCCAUAAUUGGGUCUUGUAUUCAAUUACGGUACCAUUUUUAUCCCAUCAGUGGGUUUUGUAUUCAAUCGGGUAACCAUGGUUAGCCCAUGAGUGGAAUAGGAUGGUUAACCCACAUGUGGGCUUUGUGUUCAAAAGGAAUAUCAGGUUAACCAACAUUUGGAAUAGGACAGUUUACACUUGCAUGGGUUUUUCUUAUUCUAUCAGAAUACCAAAGUUAACCCACAAGAAGCAUUCUUUUCCAAGAAAGAUUCCACUUCAAGAAAUGUGUCUCUUUGGACAAUAGAUGAAAUAAUGGUCAAGAAAGGAAUUGGACAAUGUAUGUUAACUUAAGAUGGUUUUGUGUAAUAGGGAUUAGCUUUGGUGUAUUCCCCAAAAGAAUAGUAACCAGCCAUUUUUGCUGAUUUGGUUGUACUAAGAUGGGAUAAAUGGUGUAUUCUACAAUGGAAAACUAAACAUCUACCAUUGCUGGUUUGGUUGUACUAAGAUGGGAUAAAUGGUGUAUUCUCCAAUGGAAUACUAAGCAUCUAUCAUUGCUGGUUUGGUGGUGCCAAGAUCUAAAAGUAAUGGUGUAUUCCACCAUGCAAAACUAAACAUCUAUCAUUGAUGGUUUGGUGGUGCCAAGAUCGAAAAACAAUGGUGUAUUCUCCAAUGGUAUACUAAACAUCUAUCAUUGAUGGUUUGGUGGUACCAAGAUCGAAAAACAAUGGUGUAUUCCACCAUGGAAUACUAAACAUCUAUCAUUGCUGGUUUGGUGGUGCAAAAAUAAAAAAACACUGGUGUAUUCUACGAUGGAAUACUAAACAUCUAUCAUUGCUGGUUUGGUGGUUCCAGAUCAAAAAACAAUGGUGUAUUUUACCAUGGAAUUCUAAACAACUAUCAUCACUGGUGUGAUGGUACCUGUGAAAAUUGAAAACAAUGGUGUAUUCUUCGAUGGAAUACGAAACAUCUAUCAUUGCUGGUUUGGUGGUACCAAGAUCGAAAAACAAUGGUGUAUUCCACCAUGGAAUACUAAACAUCUAACAUUGCUGGUUUGGUGGUACAAAGAUCGAAAAACAAUGGUGUAUUCCACCAUGGAAUACUAAACAUCUAUCAUUGCUGGUUUUGUGGUACCAGAUCGAAAAACAAUGGUGUAUUCUAACAUGGAAUACUAAAAUUCUAUCAUUGCUGGUUUUGUGGUACCAGAUCGAAAAACAAUGGUGUAUUCCACGAUGGAAGACUAAACAUCUAUCAUUGCCAAUUUACUGGAACAUGAAAUAUCUGGCACUGGUGGUUUGGUAGUGAAUAACAAAGGUAUAUUCUUCCAAGGAUUACCAGACAUCUACUUUUGGUUUACAGGAAAACCAAACAUCUACUAUUACUGGCUUAGAGGAAAGACAAUGGUGUCAUCUAUUCCAUCACUGAUUAAGCAUGACAGGAUGAAGUAUUUUUCUGUGGAUUAAAGAUGUCGCAAAACCACCAUUGCUACAGUUUACUGAUCCUGAGCAGCAGAAUGUGUGAACAUGCACUUUUGUCCACCAUAGCUGACCAGAAGACAGCAGGUUUUGAAGGCCAUUACAGAAGAACAUCAAUACAUCAGUGAUUCAGAUGUGAGGUUCAGAGAGUGUCAAGUUCAAUCACAGUGUGCAGUGAUUGUAAAUCUUGUGUUCAGACAGUGUCAGGGUGGUUCACAGUGUGCCAGUGAUUGUAAUCCUGAAAAAAGUCAGUGUUCUGUGUCAUUCAUUGUUCAAAGGAUAACAGACAUCUUUUGUGCAGGAUGAGCUCUAGGAUGUCCUUGAAUGUUCUUGCCUAAGGAAUCUAAUUAUCUGGGGUCAGUGUGUUCUGCCAAAUGUUUCUACAGUCUGUGCCCAGUAGAAAGUAGGAUCUGUCGUAAACACUAUUUUAAUGGAAACUCUCAAAAUAAAAUUUGGAAUGUUUAAUA